AUGGGCUCCACAGUCAACACCUCUGCAGUCUUCCGUGGACCAGUGAAAUUUAGCAACUGCUCAGAGACCAAGGGAAUUCGCUAUGAAACUGACAACUUGGACUUCAAGGUGAGGACUGAUGGAACUAUCUACGCCACCCAAGAGGUGCAAAUCCCCUCGGAGCAGACAAUGUUUAUGGUGACAGCAUGGGACCUCCAGGCCUUAGAAAGAUGGGAAACAAUGGUCAGGUUACUGGUGGGAGACAAAUCGCAGCACAAGGGACAUAAGAAAGGGAAGAGGAACACAUCAGCAGACCUCCUGCAGCCGCCCAGCGACAUUCUCCUGCCGUGGCGCCAUCUUCAGAAUUCUCAUGGGUUGAGGCGGCAAAAACGAGACUGGGUCAUACCACCAAUCAAUGUGCCCGAAAACUCAAGAGGCCCCUUUCCUCAGCAGCUGGUUAGGAUUCGUUCAGAUAAGGACAGCGAGAUUCAUAUACGAUACAGCAUCACGGGAGUGGGUGCUGACCAGCCACCCAUGGAAGUCUUCAACAUUGACCCCGUGUCAGGUAGAAUGUAUGUGACCCGUCCGAUGGAUCGAGAAGAAAGAGCUUCCUACCACCUUAGAGCCCAUGCAGUAGAUAUGAAUGGAAACAAAGUGGAGAAUCCAAUCGACCUCUACAUCUAUGUCAUUGACAUGAAUGAUAACAGGCCCGAAUUCAUCAACCAAGUCUACAAUGGAUCUGUUGAUGAAGGAUCUAAACCAGGGACCUAUGUGAUGACAGUGACGGCGAAUGAUGCAGAUGACAGCACUACAGCCAAUGGGAUGGUGAGAUACCGGAUCGUGACUCAGACCCCACAGAGCCCAUCACAGAAUAUGUUUACCAUCAACAGCGAGACGGGGGACAUCGUAACGGUGGCUGCCGGACUCGACAGAGAGAAAGUUCAGCAAUACACAGUCAUCAUCCAGGCCACAGAUAUGGAAGGAAAUCUUAACUAUGGUCUCUCAAACACAGCAACAGCGAUCAUUAUGGUGACAGAUGUGAAUGACAACCCACCCGAAUUCACUGCCAGCACCUAUUCUGGUGAGGUCCCAGAAAACCGAGUGGAAGUCGUGGUCGCUAAUUUAACGGUGAUGGACAGAGAUCAGCCACAUUCGCCCAACUGGAAUGCUGUUUACCGGAUUAUCAGUGGAGACCCUUCUGGACAUUUCACCAUCAGGACCGAUCCUGUUACCAAUGAAGGCUUGGUUACGGUUGUGAGGGCAGUUGACUAUGAGAUGAACAGGGCUUUUAUGCUGACGGUGAUGGUGUCCAACCAAGCGCCUCUGGCCAGCGGCAUCCAGAUGUCAUUCCAGUCUACAGCAGGGGUCACCAUUUCAGUCACCGACGUCAACGAACCACCAUAUUUCCCUGCAAACCACAGGCUCAUUAGACUGGAGGAAGGAGUACCUACAGGGACGGCGCUGACAACCUUUUCAGCGGUGGAUCCUGAUCGUUUCAUGCAGCAAGCUGUAAGAUACUCUAAGCUGUCAGAUCCUGCAAACUGGCUGAACAUUAAUGCCACAAACGGUCAGAUCACCACCACCGCCGUCCUUGAUCGCGAGUCAGCCUAUAUUAAGAACAACGUCUACGAGGCCACGUUCCUCGCAGCUGACAAUGGUAUCCCUCCAGCCAGCGGCACUGGCACGCUGCAGAUUUAUCUAAUUGACAUCAACGAUAAUGCUCCCGAGCUCCUGCCAAAAGAGGCACAGAUCUGUGAAAAGCCAAACCUGAAUGUCAUCAACAUCACAGCCGCUGAUGCUGACAUCGAUCCAAAUGUUGGACCCUUUGUCUUCGAGCUGCCAAGUGUGCCAUCUGCCAUCAGAAAGAACUGGACCAUUACGCGGCUAAAUGGUGACUACGCCCAACUCAGCUUACGAAUCAUGUACUUGGAAGCUGGCGUGUAUGACGUGCCAAUCAUUGUGACAGAUUCUGGAAACCCUCCUCUAUUUAAUAUGUCCAUCAUUAAAGUCAAAGUGUGCCCAUGCGAUGAGAACGGAGACUGUACCACCAUCGGCGCUGUAGCUGCGGCUGGACUGGGAACUGGAGCUAUCAUCGCCAUCUUGAUAUGUAUCAUCAUUUUACUAAGCAUGGUUUUGCUCUUUGUGGUGUGGAUGAAGCGACGGGAAAAAGAGCGGCACACAAAGCAGCUCCUCAUUGACCCCGAGGAUGAUGUACGGGAUAAUAUUCUGAAGUACGACGAAGAAGGAGGGGGAGAAGAAGACCAGGAUUAUGAUUUAAGCCAACUUCAGCAGCCAGAGAGUAUGGAUCACGUUCUGAACAAGGCAAAUGGAGUCAGACGAGUAGACGAGAGACCAGUUGGUGCUGAGCCCCAAUAUCCUAUAAGGCCUGUAAUCCCCCAUCCUGGGGACAUUGGGGACUUUAUUAAUGAGGGCUUGAGAGCAGCAGAUAAUGACCCAACAGCCCCGCCCUAUGACUCCCUUCUCGUCUUUGACUACGAGGGCAGUGGUUCAACAGCGGGUUCCGUCAGCUCGCUUAACUCAUCAAGCUCCGGAGACCAAGAUUAUGACUACCUUAACGACUGGGGGCCAAGGUUCAAGAAACUGGCGGACAUGUACGGGGGAGGCGAGGAAGACUAAAAUGACCUCACUUUAUUGUUUUAGUACAAAAAAAAAAGAGGAAAGCUAUAGCAUUAGAAGAAGAGGAG